GGCUUCCUUUUUUGCAGAUAUGUUUUUUUUUUUCCUCCAGCUAUCGGCUGUUCAGUUUACAGGUUGAGAACAAAUCAUUCAUAGAAGGAAGCUAGUCAUUCCUAAGACGCCUUCGGUUAAUAGUCGUUAUUCUUUUGUUGCUUUGAUUAUCUUUCCUAUUGGAAGCCCAAACCUGGGCGAUGAUGACGGUUUAUUUUGAAAUUCAAAUGCCAGGAGGACAGAGUAAUCUGUUCUGUGUUUCCAAAUAAAAUUCUGCCGCCACUUUAAAACGGCGUGAUUAACGGUGAUUAUCAGUUAUCGAGGCUUAGCAGUUAGCAAGCACAAAAUGGGAGCGGGUCAUGACUCCGCUGCUGUUCCUGCCGUAUCCCGAUUGAAGAGGGAAGACUAUAAGCGAACUAAGCACGACUCCCAAUUUUCGAAAUGGCAGGUUCUCAUUGGACCUUCUGAUUGGGAAGAUUAUUCUCAGGGGAAGGAAGGAGCGGCUAGGUACCGGGUUCACAAUCUACCUUCUAGCUCAGGCCCCGGUUUAUAUGAGCUUGGCAUAGCAAUAUCUCGUGGCACUGAGUCUAGAAUUGGUCGUGAUGUUAGCAAGCUUGACCCAAAUGACAUUGUGGUGGUUUAUCUUGGCCAAGCUGACAGUGUCAGGAGCCGGCUCCAGCAUUAUGGCCGUUCAGGUGCUCAUCUGGGCAAUAACUGUGCUAAUCGUUACUGGAAUGACUCUAAAUGUGAGCCUCCUCAAAAAGGGUCUGGCUUGUUUGAGGAGAUAUUUGAAAGAGGCCACUCCAUUGUGUUUAGAUGGGCUUCUAUAAAGGAUAAGAGGAGUGCUGAGAAAACAGAAGCUCUGCUGCUUGACACUUUUGACUAUGCAUGGAACAAAGGUAGUAAUGGUGCACGGCGUCCCGAUGAUAUCAUUCAGAAACUCAGUAAAAUUGCGUCAAGCAAUAGCACAUUUUCAAGUAUUGCCAAAAGGAUUCUAUUUUUAAGUCCAGGUCGAGUUGGCAUUAGGAUUGAAGCAAACAAGCCACUUUCACCAGAAAAAUGUACUAUUCAUGAGGAAGAGAAUGGCAAAAUUUUCCUCAAAGGAAUUUUCAAAUUUAGCAGAUCCCAGUCUAGAUUAGUUUCAGAAAAAUGUGGCAUUGAUGAGGACUUUAUUCCCAGAUGUGGAUUCAUCAUGAAUGGUGGAAUUCCUUGUAGACGGCCACCGGUUAAAGGGAGAAAGAGAUGUGAAGAGCAUAAAGGAAUGAGAAUUUAUGGAUCUAGUAGUUCUAAAUCCAUUGCAGAAGGAAAUUCACAUAAUUUUCCUGAUGUGCAUCUGAACUCCAGCACUCACGAUGACCAGGACCACACUAUUGAAUGUGGGGUAAAUUUAGGUGAUGGGAAUUUCUGUAGGAGGCAACCAGUGUCGGGAAGGAAAAGAUGCGAGGAACACAAAGGGAUGAGGGUUAAGAGAUCUGUCUCUAAGCCAAUAGCAGAAGAAAAAUGCCAUAUUCCUUCCAUCACUUUGGUACGCAGUAGUUCUGGUGGCCAGACAAACUGCAAUGCCUCAUCUGAAAUCGACAGUGGUCAUAGAUUGCAGUUUCAAUCUUCAAAUGGAAGCUCUGUUGAUGAAUUUCUGUCUACUACUUGUGGAGCAACUUUGGGGAAUGGUUCAGUCUGCAGAAGGCAACCUGUUCGAGGAAAUAAGAAGUGUUGGCAGCAUAAAGGCAGGAGAGAUGGUUGUAGCCUUUCUGAUACUGCUGCUUCCUUCUCAGGGUUUGACACCUUCACAUGUGGAGUUUCCUUACAGGAUGGUUUUAUAUGCAUGAGACAACCUGUUCGUGGAAGAAAGAGAUGUGAGCAACACAAGGGAAUGAGAGUCUCCACAUCCUUUUAUUGAAUUGUAACAUAAGAAUUUAGAGAAUUUGAGUGUUGUAUUACAAAGGCUUCCUAACUUGUUCAAAAUUGUUGUAGCUUGUUUUCCCUAAAACAUUAGGGCAUGGUUGUACAUCUAUUUAUUGGCAGUGUGCAUUUGUGAAAGGAUUGACGACCUGUUUCUUUGAAUAUAUUUUACCUGGGUGUUCCUAUUAAACUAGAGUAA